UGGAUUUUUAGCUUUAGGGGAAAGAAAAGGAGUUCACAGUUCUAGCUCUCGGUCACAAAGAGAAGAACCCGAAAAAAGGAUGGAGAAUCAAGGAGAUAUACUGAUCCACGGUCCUGCCUCUCGACGAACUCGAUCUCAGGUUGCACCUAACUGGACCGUACAAGAUUCACUGAUCCUUGUAAACGAGGUCGGCGCCGUUGAACUCGAAUGUAAGAACGCAUUUGCUUCAUUUCAGAAAUGGACAAUCGUAGCUCAAAAUUGCAAUUCCCUCAUGGCUAACAGAAGCCUAGAUCAAGUCCGCCGUCGAUGGGACUCUAUUCUCGGCGAUUACAAUAAGAUCAAGAAAUAUCAGGAGGAGAAAUCAAUGUCUUAUUGGUCUAUGAUUGAAGAGAAAAGGAAGGAAUUUCGUCUUCCUGAUAGCUUUGAUUUGGAAUUGUUUAAAGAAAUGUCUCGAGUCUUGCCGAUUAUUGAAAACACUGUUGGUGCUGACCUAGUUACCGAUCCAGAUCCUGAACUUGUUGUGGAUGAUGAUGUUAUUGUUCAGUCAGGUUACAAGAAGCAAAGGCAGCCUCCGCAGCAGCAUCUGAGGCAGAUUUCAAAUCAGAAAUUUGGAACUUCUCAGAAACGAAGUACAAACAAAAGAGUAAAUCUUCCUCCACCAUCUCCUCCUCCUUCUCCUCCAUCUCCCCCUGAAGAACCAUCAGAUGAUCAAUUCGAUCCAAACAGUGUGGAGGAAAUCGAGCAACUUCUAGUUGAGAAACUUCGCGAGAAUUCUGAGGUUAUCAAUGCUAUUGUUGAAGGAAGUGGAUGUAAUCAAUUGGGUGAUAUUGAAUUGGCUGACCCCAAGAACAUGGAUGCUGAUGAGAUUGAUGUUACUAGGCUAAACGGGGAUGAAGUAAUCGCCCGUUUAGGAAAUUUGUCUGAAACCCUCGACAAACUGCAUGAUCUUAUCCUUGCUUGUCGAAGAUGAUCUUAUUUUGAUUAGGAAAUCUGACUGAAACCCUCGAUAAACUGCAUGAUCUGAUCCUUGUUUUGUCGAUGAUGAUCUACUUUGAAGAUUAGUAAAUCUUCUUAUUUUGAAUCUUAUUUGGAUUUUGGUGAUGGAAGUUAAAACUGUUAGUUAUUAUACAGGUGGGGUUUUUAUUGAAGAUUUCUGAUACUUUUGAACA